UGCACCAUCGACAUGCCGGCGGCGGUUCAAGACGUGUUUCGACCGCCGGUCGAAUGCGCCAUGUGUCGAGAGGUGACCCAUGUCGAGCGUGUCUCAACUAUAACUCCGCAACACUUCGAACACAGGUACGCCUACAGCGGCCGUCCAGUGGUGGUGACGGAUGGACAGAAAAACUGGACAGCGCCGGAGACGUUCUCCUUCGACUUCUUCAAGUCCAUCUACGCCGACGACUCCCCCGUCCUGGAGAACUUCGAGCGGGACUGUCAGUUCUUCCCCUACCAGACGGAGUUCCGCAACCUCAGACACGUCUUCAACAUGUCCUCUGAGCGCGUGCAGAUGCGCGGCGACCCCUGGUAUAUUGGCUGGAGCAAUUGCGACUCAUCUGCGGCCAACAUCCUGCGGGUGCACUACCAGCGACCGUAUUUCCUGCCGCAAGCGGCCGAGUCCUCGAAGACUGACUGGAUCUUCAUGGGGACCCCUGGUUACGGCGCCCAUAUGCAUAUCGACCACGUAGGGAACCCAUCCUGGCAGGCGCAGAUCAGAGGCAGGAAGCUGUGGACGCUGGAGCCGCCUCCGGAAUGCUACUUCGAGUGUGUGCCGAUGGAGGUGGUGGUGGAACCGGGCGAAAUCAUUGUCCUGGACACAAACAUCUGGUACCACAAGACUCUCAUAGUCUCCCAGGAACUGAGCAUCACCAUAGGCUCCGAGUAUGACUGAGGAGGAAGGGUAAACUUUAAGAAAAGUAAAAAAAAAACUAUAAAAAACGGGAAAAUGAGAUAUAUAUGAUAGUUGGCGAAGAAGGGAAGAAAGAAGGAAGUGGAGGAAUUGUGGAGAACAGUGAUGGAAGAAAUAACCAUGUGAGGAAAAUGUGAAGAUUUUAGUGAAAUAUCACAACAAACAGAGAAGGAAAAAUGACGUGGAUUAAGGUGAGGAAAAUUAUGUGAAAAAAAUACAUUGAAACAUAUUAGAAACACACACAAAAAAAGUAAUAUAUAAGCAAACUAGAAAGAAAAAAGGAUGAAUGAAAGGCAGAAUUAGAGAUCAAAUUCAGAAAUGGAAACUAAAAUGCAGUUGUGUAUGUGUGUGUGUGGGGUGUGUGGGGGUGGGUGGGUGGGGGGGGUUCAUAAAAUAGCACUUAGGUCCAGUUUCUUCCAACAAGGACCUUGUUAAUUACGUAUUAUCGCAUCAUAAGUUUGCUUCCUGGGUAGCUUAGGGAACGAGGGGUAUUAUGGAAGGGAUUUGGGUAUACAUGGGAUCAUCUUUUGCUGUAAAAGGAAUCAGAAAUCUCUUAGGUAUUCCAAGAUUUCCAGUGAGAGUUUACCAUUUGGAAGAUUGCCUGAAAGAGAUAAAAAUUUGGUCAAAUCCACGUGAGGAUUAUUGCAGGGAAUCGCAACACUACAUUCAUCUGGUCACAAUUAUAAUAUUUAAUCCUAAACAAAACAAAUUCGAUAUAGAUAAGCGUAAUUGAUAUUUUCCUCAUUAUCGCGAUGCACUGAAGGGCGUUUCAUGCUAGGCGACGGCCAAUCAUUAGGCUGCUACAUGAUAGACGAGAGCCAAUCACGAUAUUGGUUCAUGACAGACCAGAGCCAAUCAGCACGCUCCCCCACAGUAGUCUUCCCGACAGCUUUCAAUCAAAACAAAGUCGCCAACUUAAUGCUACGUAAAUUAAAGCUUGCAUACGAAGCCAGACAGCGUGUUCCUGUAUCUCAGAAUAUUACAAAAUCGAUAGAAAAAACUUUUUCUUGUUAUAGGUCUGUAUCCUACUCCAAUUCCAUUUAAAAAAAACGGAUAUCCAUAACUAAUUUUCUAGUCUAUAGCAACUGUCACUUUACUAGGAAAAUUGUGUCAAUAUUUGAAAUCAAAAGACAUCACGUAAAGGGCAAAUAAAUACUUCAGCUGAUAUAUAUAGAGACAUGUCAUGCCAAUUCCUGACAUCAAAGGUGCAAUGUUUUCUUUCAUAAGCGCACCGCGGCCCUUGAAAAUGCGUUCCCUGAUCCACUCUGCUGUUGCUGGUCCAUGAAAUAACAUACACAAACAUUUUUCCUAUCCUUUGAAAAGUGUUUCGGUUAGUGAGAGAGAGAGAGAGAGAGACGGGCUCGUAAUUCAACCCUGUCAGGUCAUUGGAUAAAUUAGUUUCGAGGUGGAACGAGAUCAAGGGUCGACUCCAUGAUGUUUACACCCCACUGUGUUUAAAGUUCAUGAUGCUUCAAGACCACUCUGCUUGCAAGCCGGUGUGUUUACAAUUUACAAUGUUUUUUUCAUUGUGUGUAACGGAAACUGAAUUUACAGUUGAGUGUACUCGGUGCUUUGAGUUCAUGACAAUUGAUUGUGUUUACAAUCCACUGUGUUUAUAAACACUUUUGUUUAUAAUCAUCAACCAUUUGCGUUCUGUAAUGUGUAUAAACUCUUCAUUCCUGCCCGCUGAGAACUCCAUUGAUCGCUAUUGACUUCCAGACCUGUAUUAUGCGUUCAUUUCUAUGCUCUCUCGACCUUUGGUGCCUUUUGGGGAAUAAUUUUUAAUUAAUCAUCAUUUAACAUUGUUCUCGUAUCCCUCUUUCAGUCUUUUUUCAUACGAUUCUCACGUGUUAGUUACUCUAAACCUAACGAAUGUUUAUUGUGCAGCUGGUUGCUUCUUAACGAGGUGAUUGGCUGGUUGUUAACGAGGUGAUUGGCUGGUUGUUGGAGAGAUAUAGAAUCAGUGACUCGCGUUUAUAUCAAAGGUUAUACCAUCAGGUGAGUACUAUAGAACAACAUCCCAUAAACAAUAUAUAUAUAACCACUAACACCAUAAUACGGAGGAUAUAUAUCAAAUAUAUCACAACCAAAGUUGGGAUAUAUAACCAGAAUUAGUUACAUAAAGGCACUAUAUAUAUAUAUAUAUAUUACUCGAAACAUUAACAGAAAAACAUGAGUAUAACCUAAGCUUAAUUAUAGUCAUUUUAAGGUGGAAUAUAACCAACUAUAACACAAUAACACUGGUAUAACCAAAUUGCUAUGAUAUAACAAUCGACAAAAAAGGCAUUUGUAAAAUAGUUCCUAUAUUUUUACACAAUCGUGACCAUCGUAAGAUAUGCGGUGGUUUAGGGAAAUUAAAAACACCGCAAAACUGACGCUUUCUAGGACUGGUGAAUAUCGGUCCCGGUGGCUUAGGUGGUUUGGCUAGUUUUUGGUGCUUUUGGUUAGGCCAAGCCGCUGUAAUUGUUUCCGGGGGAGGGGGGGGGGUAAGAGGGGGUUUUUGACCCCCCCCCCCAUCUCUCUUUCCGUUCUCGCAAAGUGGUAAGUUUAAUUAAGAAUUCCUUCUUAAUGCUUUAAGCCUUGGGAUAUAUAAUUAUUAUUAUCCAAAUUAGUAUGUAUAUUUUUUUUACUUUGUUCUCUCUCUCUCUCUCUCUCUCUCUCUCUCUCUCUCUCUCUCUCUCUCUCUCUCUCUCUCUCUCUCUCUCUCUCUCUCUCGUUCACAAGCAGUCAUUUAUCACCCAACAAACACUACACAACUACCCCGUAUGCUUAACAAUCCAACAACAACAACCCUACAACCGCACAAAGGGGUCACCAAACUACCCAACAACCGUUGAUGCAACCACUCAACACCCACGCCAGAAUCACAACCCCCCCACCCCCUCACCCACCUACCCCCUACCCAAUUUCCCAUUCCACAAUCCCCCAAAAGGCAUUUUCACAACUCAUCAACCACCUUCCCCCCCCCCCCAUCUCUCUCUUCAACAACCCUUUCUUAACUACGUAUCUCCAAUAUUGCUAUCAUAACCCCUACAGUCCUUGUACUCAAACAUCCAGUUCACAACACCUCUACAACCCACACACCCCUCUCUACAACCCACAACCCCCCUCUCUACAACCCACACACCCCCUCCCUACAACCUAUCUUCCUGUCCCCUAUCUACCUUUGAGUUCCCUGAUCAACCAGAAAGUAGACUAUAGUCGCUGGGCAAAGAUCAAGACUAAGGUAAACUCCCUUACAGUUCAAGACUAAGGUAAAUUCCCUCUAAGGUAAACUCCUUCAAGUUUAAACACAAGCGAGAAGCUAGGUACACCUCUCGGUGUGUCUAUUCCUGGAUGGGUCUAGCCAGGGACGUCUAUUUUGUACAUAAGGGGCUACUUCUAGCCCCUUAUCCACCCAAGCCAGGUUAUAUAUAUAUUUUAGGUAGACGAGGGUAAGGUAAGGUAAGGUAAGGGAGUUUAAGGGUAUUGUCAGGUGUGUGUGGAAGACUGUUUUGUUUACAGUGUUGGGAUUAUUGCUUAACCAGGGUGUGUGUGUGUGUGUGUGUGUGUGUGUGUGUGUGUGUGUGUGUGUGUGUGUGUGUGUGUGUGUGUGUGUGUGUGUGUGUGUGUGUGUGUGUGUAUGUGCAGGAAUUAGCAACAUGUCAUGCAAGCAAGGCUACACAUAAGAGAACAGGUGUUCAACAGCUACAGGUGCUCAUUUGACUGUUGUCAUCUGUUGCUACUUCUUGUCUUGGGACGUUCAUCUAUCGCUCCUUCUGGGAUGUGAAAUAUAUCUAUCCCAAUGGGGACUGGGGAUCCCGACCUUCCCGUCCCCACAUCCCAUUGCGACUGGUGUUCUAGCUCUGUUCUUCAAGCAUAGGUGCUGUUCUUCAAGCACAGAUGCCUGAACACGACUUUCAUAUGUAUAGGUUUGUAAUCCUAUUUUGACAUGUGUCUCCCUCUGAUCCUUGUACAGGUGUAAAGUACAAUUACCUAUUUUAAAUUGGUAAUUGGUAAAGCAAAUUAUUCCACUUAAUCCCCCCCUUUGGUGUAAAUAGGGUAUUUUCAUCCAUUUAUAUAUAUAUAUUUCGUCUAAAAUUUAUAUCCUGUGAUUAUAUGUCUAGUCGUACAUAUUUAGUGUUAAAAUAGUUAAAUUAACACUAUAGGCCUAAGAGAAAAAAAUUAUAUUGAUUAUAUAAUUAAUGUAAAUGAUCCAAAUAUUUCAAUAUAUUCAAAUAUAUGAUUAAUAUCUUUUCAAAAGAGUAAUUAUAUGUUAAAUGUUAUAUUUCUAGACAUUACAAAGAUGUUAUAUAUAAUUAACAUAGAUGAUAAAUAUAUUCAACAUUUGGCCAUAGCUCCAUAUGGUGUGUUAAUUAUUAAAUUAAAAAAAAACAAUCCUUUAAAUAUCUUAAAUGUUUGUUUUUAGAAAUUACCUAAAUGUUAGAAUGGUAAAUAUUUGAUACUUAAAAUAUAUAUAAUGAAAACUCGUGGUGUGUCAUAUAUAUAUAUAUAUAUAUAUAUAUAUAUAUAUAUAUAUAUAUAUAUAUAUAUAUAUAUAUUCAACAUCCAACUAAGCCUAGAUCAAAUCAAAGGGCCUGUUAGAUGUUAACUCCCGCUAAUCAUUGCAGCCACCAGUGGCGCCGAUGUUAAUUAACUAUACAUAACGUAACUAUAGUGUUUAGUUGAUGAAACAUCUAAACACUGUGGUGUUUGCAUGUUUACUCUCCCGCCUAUAUUUUUGCAUCAUUAAAAUGACGUUGGCAUCGUUAA